AUGAGCUGUGAAAAACAAAGAGCACCAUCAGACCAAGUGGUCGCAGCCCUUCAAAAUCAAGGUCCCAAGUUCUCUUUCGAGAUACAGAAACUCCCGAUCCCAACCAUCAAGCCUCAAGAAGUUCUCGUCGAAUUAGAAGUUACUGGUGUCUGUGGGACUGACCUUUCACUUGCUCAUGGCUACCUUGGCCCAUGUCAAACGAUUCUAGGCCAUGAGGGAGUAGGUCGCAUCGCCGCCGUAGGCUCUUUGUGUAAAAGCCAGGCAGCUACGGUAGGCCGUCUGGUCGGUGUUGGCUGGAUUCGUGAUGCAUGUGGAUUUUGCCACGUAUGUGACAAUAUGAAAGACGAGACGCGAUGUCUAAAGCAAGUUUUCAGUGGGCGUGAUGUGCCGGGUACCCUGGCUAGGUAUACCGUUGUUCCGGAGAGGUAUAUCACGCCUCUGCCCGAUGGAGUCCCUAGCGAGAUGCUAGCGCCAAUAAUGUGUGCCGGUGUCACAGCCUAUAAAGCAAUUAAGGUGGCAAACCUCGCAGCGGGCUCGUGGGUUGGUAUUUCUGGCGCUGCAGGUGGGGUAGGCUCGUUGGCAUUAUCAUAUGCAAAACAUAUGGGCUAUCGACCUAUCGCAAUCGACGGAGGAGAGAAAGGAAGACUCAUUUGCAUGGAUGCAGGAGCAGAGAUAUAUUUGAAUUUCGAAAAGGAGGAUAACCUAAGGAGUGCCGUGCUCCUACAAACGGAGGGCAAGCUUUGUUCUGCGAUCAUCGUGUGUGCUGGAGCUGCAGCGGCCUACGAAGAGGCUUUGAGCUGUCUGGAUUACCACGGAACUCUGGUCGCAGUAGGCAUCCCCCCACCCACUUCAAAGAUAUCCCUUCACCCCCUUUCUUUGAUCGACUAUGGGAUUCGGAUCAUCGGGAGCAUCACGGGCGACCGCGUGGAUAUCGCAGAGGCUGCAGAAUUUGUUCGCAAGGGUUUGGUGAAGCCAAGGGUCACCGAAGUUGGAAUUCACGAACUAGACAAGUAUGUUGGACGCGUGAACGAACUGGACGGGAAGCUUGUGGUGCGACUGGGCGCAAAAGUUGGACGAAGAGACGUUGUAAGUUCUAUGUGA